AUGUUAAACUGCCUGUUCCUGAAGAUCACGUACUACGUUACACCUGCGGUUAAAACGUUCCGGACCACCGACACGGGGCGUAAUCUCAGGGACCUGGCGCUCUGCCUGGAAAAGCAGGCGGACGAGCUCCAAGAAAGCAGUGCACAGUACAGCAAAGGGCUCCACCACUUCCUGUCGGCUGCACGGACAACGGCGCGCGACGAAGCCGCAUCGGUGCUUUUGCCCGCAUUCCUCGAAGCCCUGGGUCUGGCACCGCUUUACGAGGCGUACGCCGACGCCAGGAAAGACACAGCGCCUUACGAGCCGCUCGUCCUGCCGGGACUCGAAGAGCUGUCCGAGGAGCGACUGUUCUUUUUCUCGUGGUGCUACUCCCUGUGCAGCGGAGAGCGUGCGCCGAAGGGCCACGCGGCUCUGCGAUGCAACCUGGCCGUGGCGAACCAGGCACCGUUCAUCGAUGCUUUCUCCUGCGACCCUGGACUGCCUAUGAAUCCGGCCCUCAAGUGUCCCCUGUGGUGAAGGCAACAGGACUCGACUCGAGCGAGACAUUGUGGAACACACGUGCUCGUGGCAGCACGUUGUAAA